UAGCUUAAGUCGUUCGCCAGUAGAGGGCAAGGGAAAAAUAUGGCAGCGGUGAAGUUGAAAUCGAACGAAAAUUCUUGUACGAAGUCGUUCACUGAACAUAAGAAUGAAAAUAUACCAGAAGAAUUGACUUUUAGAUUAUAUGAUGCGUUUCUUAUUGUAUUAUCAAUGGGAACAUUUUUGGUGGAUUUGAGUACUGAUGCAGUCUUGGUUGUCGAAUAUUUUGAAAAUGGACACUUUUAUUGGGCUAUUAGUACUUUGUUACUAGUUGUUUUCCCAGCUGCUAUGGUACAAGUGUUUAGUAUGCGGUGGCAUAUUAUGGAUGAAUCGGCAGGGCUAUUGCACUGGGUGGCUCACGUUUUCCUUUUAGGCUUGGUUCACAGGUAUGUUGUUGCAUUGAAGACCGGCUUUGAAGCACGUACAUCAGGCGACCCUCUCGACUUCCAGCGGCUCUAUCAUCAGCAAAAUGACAUUUGUAUGUUACGUUUAUUUGAAUCUUUUAUGGAAUCUGCACCACAGUUGGUUCUUCAGUUGUACAUCAUGAUAUCUUUAGAAGAUUGGCGCAGUUGGACAGGUGUGUCAGCUGUUGCAUCACUUGCAUCUCUAGCUUGGGCAGUUGCAGCGUAUACCAAAGCUAUGAGACGUGCUCGUCCCGAUAAACGUUCAUUGUCUGCAGUAGGCUUCCUGCUGCAGGCAGUUUGGCGAGGAAGCAUGAUAACAGCCCGAAUAACAGCAUUGGUACUGUUUGCUGUUGGUUUUAAAGCAUGGCUGUUUUUAUUGCUUGGUGUGCACUGGAUAGGAAUGACAGCUUGGAUAAUGUUCCAACAUACUGACUUCUGUCAGUCACCAUGGGAAGAAAAGAUAUAUAAUUGUGUAGUGGGUGUGAUAUAUUGCUUUUGUUUUUUCAAUCUCAAAGAGGGUCGCUCAAGAAAGCGUAUGCUUGUAUUUUACGUCAUUGUUAUCCUUCAGAAUGUCAGCUGUCUGGGAAUGUUCAUCGGUUUCACAGGAAUGACAAGGUUCAACCUUGUAAUCUUUGGCACCACUGCUGUUGUUGGUGGGACAAUAUUAGGUAUCAUGAGCAUGCUGCUUUAUUAUGGCUUUUUCCAUCCUGCUGGACAUAUUAAAUUUCAUUCUGAAGCAGUAAAUCAUGAUGCACGUGAAACACAAAUGUCCACCAUGAAGUCAGAAAACACAGCAACAAUUCGCUCAUUAAAGCACUGUUGGGACUUAGAUAAAGAACAACCAACUGGAAGGAUCAACAAUAUGCCAUCAAAUGGUGGCUCUCCGCUUUCUGAUGAUGCCACAACAGACAAAAAUCUUCUGUUAAACAACUGGGCACCAUGUCAAACAGCAACACCAACAGAAUUCUUAAAUCUGGGGCUGGAAAUUGCAGAUGAAAUAGAAAUUGUAAAAAAGGCAAGUGAGGAGCCCAGAACACUAAUUUCAACUACAAAAUAUGAUGUCUUAAAACGGAAAAGACGUGGUAUUUGUUCACCAGAGGAAUUAGGAAUAGAUACUGAACAUCCUUUGGAAGAUAUGAGCAGUCUGGAGGAUAUUGCUGCAACUAAUGAUUCAAAUCUGCUCCAGAGGCCCUCAUUUUCAGCUAUUCAUGAAAUUGGAAUAGACCCCUCAUUGGCUGAUGGGAAAAAUACAGUGAUAUUAGAUGAAAUGACAAGACAGAAACGCCGUGCUAUCUGUUCUCCCAUUGACUUCGAUGUUUUCAAUAGUGCACAUGAUAUGCAAAAUAACAAGGAGGAUAAUGUUUUAUCGAUGUCAGUUGCUGAUGCAUCUACAGAAAGUGGUGGUGAAGUUCUUUGUGAACAAUUUUCAGGUACAGUAACAGAAAAGAAGUGUGAUACUGAACCUUGUAAUGUAAAUCACCAAGAUGUGCCUCCAGGUGGAAGUGAAGAUGCACCAAGUGAAAUACUUUCAGUACCAAGUGAGGUGCUCUCAGCUCAUGACUACGAGAAUAUCUGUGCUGUAAACAUUGCAAGAGAAGCUUGGGGUUUACGUUCUUGGCGUGGUUAUUCCGACAUAGAGACCUGGUUGCAUGAUGACAGUGUAGUGAGAGACAGAAGACGAGAUACUCUCACCAGCACAGUAACCACAAUUACUUCGGCAUCUUCAGACAAUUCGACGACAAGUGGGGAACCAUUAGCUGUCACUAUUUCUCCACCUCCAAUUCCCUGCAGGCGACCUAAUGUGGGAAUUAGAGUACAACGUUCAAGACAAGAUGAUUAUCUUGAUACAUUGGUUGAUGACUUGGCAGAAUGUGAAAGAAAUCGUAACUUACCAGAUUUUGUUUCUGAGCAAGAUGAGUUCAAUGUAUUCAUUGCUCGUCCUUAUGUUAUCGAUCAGAAUGGAGCUUUCCAUCCUGUUACAACACUGGACACUAUCAUGGAAGAACAUGAAGAGUCAAGCACCGAAGCAGGUGACUCUAUUAAACUCCGCAGGAGGCAUGAUUCAGCCAGCACCCUGGUUGCUACUAUAGAUGAGAUUCGGCGUGGCAGUUCUCUUUGUAACUUAUACAACUCAACAUGGGACAGCAGAAGCUGUAGUUCUGCAAGCACAUUGAGUGGUAGCCCACAAAAAUCUCCCAGCAAGAACAAAUUUCCUUUUGAUUCUGUUUACAGCACCUCUUUGCCAUCACUUCCCAGUUCUUCCUUGAGUACAAAUCCAUAUUCUCCAGUCACUCGUGACUCUCACUUGAUUUCAAAGUUGCACGAUUCAUUAAAUGAUGAUUGCAGAGUAUCUUCAAAGAUGGUUCCCAGUACCAUGUCCCACGGACCAGAAAUCGUUUUGGAUGCAGUGUCAUAUUUAUCAUCUCCUGAUUCAGUUGCAGAACAUUCAGCUCAGCAGCAAGCUUCCUGUGCAGAGGCAAAGAAGACUGGAAAAUCAAAUAGAAUUAGAAGAAAAUUUUCUUUACUGAGAGAAAAAUUUGAACAUAAAGAAGCCGAUCAUGAUAUAAGUCAGCAGUUAGACACUUUCACUUCAGCAGAUGUCAAAAAUUGUACAAAACCAAUUUCAGAUUUCUGUGCGACUGUGAAAAAUGAUAUUGUGCUUGACAUAUCAGCUGAAAAGAUUGAAGAACCAUCAGAUAAGGAAAACGUAAUUCCAGCAGUCACAUCUCGUAUUAAACAGUGGAACAGUAUUUUGAAAGGUCAGAAUACAGAUCAGAGACUACACUUAGAAGUGCCUAGUGUACGUGGUGAAACGGAAAGGGAAACUAGUAAACCAGUGAAGGUAAGCUACUUAAAUUUGAAAGAGAGGAGGAGUGUUUUCUUAAAACAAGUCUUGUCUCCACCUAGAUUUCAAAGUAAACCCAAGAGGACUUCUUUGUCAGCAGCAUGGAAGGGUGUUUAUGUGUCAUAAGUUCUUAUCUUAGAAGGGAAAUAUGUUUGACGUAGCAAACAUGUUAUCAGUACAAAGAUCGUCUCCUUAGAUGUACAAAAAUAGUGCCACAGUACUGUGCUGCCUUUUCUUUUAAAGUUGUAACAAGACAAACUACAAGUUUACUGAUGUAUCGAAAACAUUAUAAAUUAAACAUAUUUAAAUUUGGUUUCAAGGUGCAAAACAUUUAAAAUGUGUAAUUUAUGAAUAUGUACAUCACAAUGGUGAUGUAAUAAAUGGUGCUAUAUUUUUAUUUAUAUUUGAGUACAUAUCUGUAAAUAAGAUUUUUCUAUGAAUGUUUUAUGUAUAAUAUACAAAACUGCUUUUAUAUUUUACUGAUACUGGUAUGUGAUUUUUGUCACAUUGUACAGUUAUUUAUCAGUGCAUUCUACUGACGCUAAUGUACGAUAUUGCUCGAUGAAAAUGUAUUUAUGAGUUUGAUCACUGAUAUUUGUAGAUCACCUUGUUUGUGAAGUUAUAAAAAAAAACUGAAGUGUUGAAUUGUUCACAUCUUUUAUAUUUUCUAAUAAGUCAACAGAUGUGUUACCAUACAAUCAUCAGUAGAGAACCUGAUUAUGUGUUGUGGAGAUUUUUUUUGUGUGUGUGUGUGUGUGUGUGUGUGUGUGUGUGUGUGUGUGUUAGGAUACAAAAUAGAGAGAAUUUGUGCUUAUUGUAUCUGUUGGUCUUAUCUCCAAUAAAUGCCAAUUUUUAAUAAA